AUGGUCGAUGUCUCUAUAGCCGUCGAGUCUUACUCCCGUGCGUCCCUCCAUUCAGCUGAGAUCUGGGUCAUCACCCUUGGUUUUGUUUUUGGCAUGUCUGUCGUGAUAUUACUGAUAUCGUGGUCUCUGUGCAUAAACUUCUACGAAAUGUGCUGCACAUCUCGCUGUUGCUCCGAAGAGGGUUCUUCAAAGGAUAUGGCCACUAAAGAUAGAUGA